AUGGCGGGCAAGGCCAGGCCCCUACGCCUGCAGACCAGAUCCAUCAGCUGCCGCACCCUCUACGCUGGACAAUCCUUUAUGGACUCCCAAGAUGUUAAGAAGGAGCCGCAGUUGGAACUUCGAGAGGAUAUUGAAAAUGAUUUACGAGCUGCCAAGGCGAUGCUGGAGAGCCUCAAGAUGAAGGCUCGAAAGCUUGAGGCCAGCCCCAAGGAGUCCGGGCCCGACUUCCAUGAGCUUCGAGAACUUCUCCACAGUCAUCUCGUGAAGGUGUUUCUGGGUACACUUGUAUGUUGGGGUGAACAUGAGGUGCCUGAUGAGCCCGAUCCAUAUCUAGGGACCGAGCAUGCGGGCUACGAGAAGGCCAAGAGAUCGAGUACGAUCCAGAUCACCGCCCGCGAGUACAAGAAUUAUGAAGCCACGCUGCGUCGAAUGUGCAAUCCAUCGGCCAAGCGGGGCACCUUGGCAGUGAGUUCGGAAGUGGCCGAACGUUGGAAAAACACGAAGACCCGGAAGCAGCUCAUUGUGGCACUGAUCAAUUGCAAGGGUGACAAGGAAUCCUUCAAUCAGCGAAUGGAAAUGGUGAUCCGCAAUGUCAAAGAAGGACGUGUGGUCAUCGACAGUGGCUUCUAUAGUGAGUCCGCCAUGAAGAGCGAACUUAAGGAUCGCAUCAAAGCCAUCGUCGCAUACUGCACGAAGACCAAGGCCAGGAAGCGGCAGCUGACGAGGAGGGACAAGUACCAACGCCAUAUCCUGGAAUAUUGGAUCGAUUUGCGAACCAGCGGAAGCCUAUCCCGCAGCCACCAGGAGGAGUUUUCACAAUACGUGGAAAUCAUCGACGACAAUGCUAGCCUCCCGGCUCCUGUGCUAGGCAACGAAGCGUUGCCAUGCUACGAGGAGGAGGAAGAUGAUGAGUCCCAGGAGUCGGAUGAUGAUGAUGACGAAGAUGAUAGAGUCUCCCCGACCCCGAAGAACAAGCGCAAAAAGCUCAGACGGACCCGAACCUCGACUCCCCGACUCAACAAGAAGAAGCGAGAUGAGCAGCACGAAGUGGAAACCGCGCUGGAGGACAUCGAGAAGAUUCCCGCGAUUCUGGGCGAGAUCCUCAAGGUUCGAAUCAAAGCGGAUAAGACACUCGAGGAGCUGAAGAAGAAGAAGCUAAUUGGGGAAGGGAAGAAACUCAGCGAUCACUCCGAGCAAUUGAUGAAGAUACACGAUGAUCUUGCAGAGAUCCGGGCCGAGAAUGGCAGCAUGGAUCCAACCGCAGUCGAGCCGAAUCACUAUGGAAGAGAAGAAAUUGAGGAGGACAGAGUUAACCAACAUGUCUAUUACAAUUUCAUUAAGACAGUUCUGCGACCGCUGCCCAAGUCCAAAGCGAAAGCAGCCCAGAACGAUGAUGAUGGCAGUGAGGCUGAGGGCGAUGAUGAUGAGCCCAAGCGGGUGCUGCCGGCAAGGCUCCUGCUGAUCAUCACGGCCCGGCGUCGAAAGCCUUGGCACGUGCUCGUGGAGCAGGGGUCUCUGACCGACUUCUAUGUAGCAUUGCCUCUGGCUUCUUUGAGGAAUGUUGUGCAGCCGACCCUGCACGAAAACAGCUCCUCUAAAGCUUUCCAAAAGAGUGGCUUGUCUUGUCCUAUCGAAAUACACCAGCUGGAUGUUGGUAAUGACAAGAUGCACCCGGUAUUUACAGUGAAAGAUUUUCUGCAAGCUUUGGCUAAUCGAGACCAGCUUUCUCGAUUGUGGGGAUCUACCAGCAGCGGCUCCUACACUGAAGUUCUGCCAAAGUUCUGGCGGAGAUGGAAAGGGCACGACCCGCUGCACGCAGUCUUCAGUCAUCAUCGCGGCCGCAUGGCACAGGUUUUGCCACUGCAGAUACAUGCUGACGAAGGACAAACAUUGAAGAAGACUGCUGUCAUGAUUGUGAAUUGGCAAUCGCCAAUUGGUUUUGGCCUAGCAUCAUCCGAUGAUUGUGAGUCGGCAAUGGCACUCAAUUUCAUUGGAAAUUCCUAUGCUACGAGAUUCUUGUAUACGGUCUGCCACAAGAAGUGUUACAGCAAAUCGAAAUCCUACUUAGAUGGGAUCAUGCAGGGACUUGCUGACGAGCUUGUGGAUUUAUUUUACAAUGGUGUCUCAGUGAAACUUGGCGGCAAGGACACAACUUUCUAUGUAGCUUUGCUUGGGCUUAAAGGUGACUGGCCGAUACAAGCUCGCAUAGGAAAUUUGACAAGGCACUUCUGCCGCAAGGGUGUAUUUCAGGUUUCUCAAAAGAGUGGUUUCUGCCAUCUCUGCCGAGCUGGAGAGGAAGGCUAUGAUGCCAACGAUUAUGGCGACAACGCUGCAUGGCGAGCGACAUACUUGAAGCAUUCUCCCUGGGAUUCUGAGGGUGUCUUGUGUCGGGUGCCGCAGUCGCCGGCCAAGGAGUUCAUGCACAAGUUUGUUGUCAUUACCGACUAUGCAUUGGCUGGUCCUGGUGAUUUUGCAAAGCAGCUUGAUGCAAUAUAUGCUUUGGCAGUGGAGCACUGCAAAAGCACUGGGACGCCCCUGCAUAUGGAUGGGCUCACUCGGCAUCUUUUGGCAUUCGGAGCGGACUUCGAUUAUCCGGUUGGGAACUGGUUUAAGGGGGCCGAUACUGCAGCUAUGUGCUCUUUUCUUGAAGCUUUCUGGGCCAAUCACCUCGAGCAUUCAAACGACUCGGAUGCCUACCUGCUGGGCAUACUCCAAAGUCUACGAUCUGCAAAUCGUUUUAUGAGGACGUUAUAUUCGUCAGGCUUAUGGCUUUCAGACGAGCGAUGCCGGUUGGCCGCUGAGGCCGGGAUGCAGUUUUUAAAAUCUUACUUGGAAACCUCAUGCCGAGCGUUUGAAUUGCAGAAGACCCGGUUCAAGCUCACGCCGAAAUAUCAUGCCCUCAUUCACAUAGUGGAUGUUCUAUUUACUGGCUACAAUUCUGGAAGACGGUGGACGCUCAACCCUCUGAGCGAGAGCACGCAGCUCGACGAGGACUAUGUUGGCCGUGUUGCAGCGACAACGACACAUGUGUCAUCCCGUCAAAUGCAUGCGCAGGCGUUGCGUAAAUAUCAGACAAACGUCUGGAUCCACCUGCCGCCGAAGUGA